UACGUAAUGCCGUAGGGGUUGCGGUGGUUCCGGUGGAGUGUGUACGCGGCGAGCGUCUCCUGGUGCGGCCUGCUCGGCUCUCGCAGCGCUUGCGACCCCAGACCCGGCCCCAGCUGUGGUCCGGCUGCCGCUUGAACAUGGAUUCCGCUGGCCAAGAUAUCAACCUGAAUUCUCCUAACAAAGGUCUACUGUCCGACAUCAUCACAGAUGUCCCUGUCGACACAGCAGUGGCUGCCCACACUCCUGCUGUUGAGGGCUUGACAGAGGCUGAGGAGGAGGAGCUCAGAGCCGAGCUUGCAAAGGUGGAAGAGGAAAUUGUCACUUUGCGCCAGGUCCUGGCAGCCAAAGAGAGGCACUGUGGAGAGCUGAGAAGGAAGCUGGGUCUCUCUGCCCUGGACGGCCUGAAGCAGAACCUGUCCAAGAGUUGGCACGACGUGCAGGUGUCCACCGCCUAUACGAAAACUUCUGAGAAACUUGGAGAAUGGAAUGAGAAAGUGACCCAGUCAGACCUCUACAAGAAGACUCAGGAAACUCUCUCCCAGGCAGGACAGAAGACUUCAGCUGCUUUGUCUACCAUGGGCUCUGCCAUCAGCAGGAAGCUUGGAGACAUGAGGGCUCGUCCGUUCUCACACUCCUUUAGCAGCUACUCCAUCCGCCACUCCAUAAGCAUGCCGGCCAUGAGGAGUUCUGCAACUUUCAAGUCAUUUGAAGACCGAGUUGGGACCAUAAAGUCUAAGGUCGUAGGUGGCAGAGAGAACGAGAGUGAUAACUUUCCUUCCCCAGCUGAGAGUGGCGACAAGCCCCUGCCUGAGCGCACACCUUUCUAAGCCUGUAGCAUCUUUGCCCGGCCGCGGAACGAGUGCAGGCACACCCUUAUCACCACACCUGCAGCUCUGCACAACGGAGCAGCCACCAGGCCGCGGGCAAGUGCACAGAGGCGACACGAGGACAGUCGUGCCAUCUGCACGCAGACAUGGCCUCUGCGUCUGCAUGAGUUAGAGAACAUGGUCUUGUACCCAGACGCUUCACACUACAGUUGGCAGAGGCAGCAGAUUGCUAUGCCAUCCUCCUGGGGGCAGGAGUCGGGUGGGGCACAGCUCCCCUGGCGAUUCCUGUCAGUCAUCGGGACCUGGAAGGAGGGGGGGCAGCACCAAGUGUGACAUGCGCGGCGUCUUCUAAGCUGCUGCUUCCCUGCGGUGCAGAGGGGGAGUCGCCAGAAAGCUCUGCCCCGUCUGCAGUUCUUAUUUCAAAAUGGUAAACAAGGAAACUCCAUUUUCUGAGACCCUCCAGAAAAGAGACUGAUUUAUCAGCAGCUGCCUAAUUGUCACACUAAUGGUCUAGCUUUAACAAAAGCAAAUUAUUUUUUAAAAGCAAUGAGUUUUCAAAAACUAAAACUAAGCAAAGCAGCUUUAGCCUCAUAGUCUAAAAAUAUUAUUUCUCUGGACACAAGCUGAAAUAUAAGCCUUACAUCGCCUUAUGCUUUACUUGUUUAUAAUUUUUUAUAUGUAAAAAUGAGGGUUCUUGAGUGGGUCUGGAGCGCUGUGUAGACCUCUGCGUCUGGCCCAAGUGGCAGCAUGCCUGCACCAGAGGUGUGUCUUAUCUCCCUGACACCCUCCAUCCCGACCUGUGAGACCUGCUUCCUCUCGCCUCUCAACGACCAGGGCAGCUCCUGCUGGCCAGAGGGCUCUGGGCCUCUGGGGAUGGGGUUGGGAGGGCACAGGCGGAAGAAGAGCUGGCACCCUCCGCGGUGCGGCCCACUGCCGUGGUGUGACUGGGCGGCAGCUACAGCCUGUGCCUGUUCACCGCGUGCCUGGGAGGGGCGAGAAGCAGGCAGGCCCUGGAGGGCAGGCCAGGCUAGGGUCCUGGAUUAGCUGGAACUCUCAUGUCGCCUUUUCUCAGGAGCUUACAAACCUCUUUCCUGUUUUGAAGCUGCCACAGCCCCGCAUUCCCUCACCCAGGGCCCCACAUGUCUGGGGGGGGGGGGGGCUCUGUGCCUUACUGGCUCUUAGCAGGCAGACCUGACCCACGCGCACAUCUGUGCACCCCCCGGAGGAGCCGUCAGCGCAGAGAGGCCACUUGGGUAGACUGUGAUGUGCUCUCUGGUGCCUGACUGUGCUGGUCUCUUCAGGGGCCCUGGGGGGACUGUGCUCCGCACAUACGCCAGGGAAGAGCACCGGUCAGCGUUCUUUCUCCAGAGUUAGACCUGCAGAUGGGUGUGGUGAGAAGGCAGGAUGCAGGAUAGUGACUUGAUUUAACUUCUUAAAGUAAAAAGUGGGUGAUUUGUCAAUAAAGGAAUCCUUGGGGAAAAAAAUCCA